AUGGGUGAAACCAAAUCAUCGCCCAACGCCCAACAUCAACCACAGUGCCAAACCUGUCGCAAACGGAGGCUUCGCUGCGAUUCUACAAAACCGGCCUGCAGGAAAUGUAUCUCCAAAGGCUUCGAAUGCCCUGGAUAUGGCACCAAGAAGCCCCUAGUAUGGCUACAGGGAGGUGGCAACCAGAACCAGUAUCUCGGAGAGCAAAACGUUGCCCCAUUCGAACGGAAAGCCAGGAAGAAAGGAAGGCCUAAGCUACUUGUUGCGGAAGAUACCCCUGUCGUACAUGAAGAUAAGGCGAGCAAGCUUCAACUAUCCAAAAUCAGAGGCCUGAAAUCCAGCUCAGAUAGUAUUGCUUCAGAUAUUACCAUCUUCUACCCUCCAGACGUAAAGUUGAUUGUGCGCACCCUGUGGUAUUUUGCAAUUCACAAAGCCGUGCGGUCCCAGUCAAAAGGGCAGAUUGAAUUCAGCAGGGAGGUUUAUCAGUAUAAAGACCGAACCUUCAAAUCACUCACAAAGGACCUCUUAAACCCUCAGGCUCGAUUAAGCGAUGACACUUUGGUCUGUGUCCUCGCCCUUUUUCUGGCUGAGAUGCAGCAAUCAGCCACGGGAGAGUGGUGGCCCCAUUUCGAAGGGGCGAAGAAAAUCAUUGAUCUCCGUGGUGGCCUCAGAUCCGUUUCCCUGCAGAACCCAGGUUUGAAAGCCACUCUGGCCUAUUUCAUGCUGCAAGUUCAUCCUUUAUUCCCCCUAACCUGCGAACCGCCAUGCUGA